AUGCAUCUUUCAAAAGUUGCUGUAACACUCCUUGCCUUCUUCAGCAAUGCAUCUCUUGCCAUAGAGCUACCAGCUGGUGUGCCUCGAUCUCUCGAGGAAUUCCGAGAAAAGCAUCCCUAUCGAGCGCGGAGUACCAAAGGCGAUUGUCGCAAAGUGACCAGGAUACGCCCAUCUAAGCACGAUACUGACGACAUUUCGGAUGAUUUUCUGGAGGGAAUCAAACAGGCCAACAAUGGCGGACUGCUUCACCUGCCCAAAGACGAGCUCUUCGUCAUCGGCAAGCCACUGGACCUGACCUUCCUCAACGACAUUCACGUCCGUCUGGACGGCAAGAUCUUGUUCACCGACGACGUUCCUCAAUGGCAAGCUACGGCUUUCAAGCACCCCUUCCAGACAAAUCUCAUGUUUUGGAAAUGGGGCGGAAAGAACUUCAAAAUCUACGGCGACGGCGUCAUCGACGGCAACGGCGAGCGUUGGUGGCGUGAAUUUGGCGAGCUUGACCUCCCCGCGGACAACAAUUACACCUAUGCCCGGCCCAUUCUCUUCUAUGUAGGAGACGCCGCCAAUGUGCAGAUUGAAGGGAUCCAGUUCAAAGAUGGUCCGAUCUGGCACCAGCUCAUCGAACGCACCGAGGGCAUCUCCUACCGCGAUGUCUCCUGCACUGCUCGCCCACGAGACCAGACUGUUCGGCCUGCGAACACAGACUUUUUCAACUCCCUGAACGUCAGGGACGUCUCGAUUGAGCGCGUCUGGGUCGACGUCGGCGACGACUGUUUCUCGCCAAAAUCAAACGGUACCAACAUUCACGUCAACCACAUGUACUGUAAUGGCACACACGGCCAGUCCCUCGGUUCUCUGGGAGAACACAAGGGUGUCAUGUCCUACGUCGAAGAUGUCGUAAUCGAGAAUGUCUGGAUGCUCAACGGCGGCCACGGCAGCCGCAUCAAGGUCUGGGCCGGACCGACCGCCGGCCACGGCUACGUCAACAACCUGACGUGCUCGACGAGCCCCGACGCCGUGUGCGACAAUAUCCGCUUCCGCAACUUUGCCGUGCGGUCGCCGUGCGGCGGGCCUGCAAUAGCCAUUUGUGACGGCGUGACGGGCGACACAGGGGAUCUGCCGUGUUAUGCGGCGGGCAGUGCCGAGGCAAAGGCUGCGCUGCGCGAUACGUGUAUCGGGGAGAAGUCUGGAUAUGUGGGGAAGCCCUGGGCGGAUGGCGGACCUGGCUUCUGA